AUGUCUUCGAAUGAUCAUCCCUCUUCUGCCCACUCUCCGAAACCAGGCCCUGACCGCAACGUCAAAAGUGUGGUACUGGGCAAUAUCCUUUUCAAGACCUGGUUCCACUCACUCUAUCCAGAGGAGCUGGUUGGCAAGGACACAGACAGAUUGUAUGUCUGUCGAUGGUGCUUCCGCUACUCUUGCAAUGAAGAGACGUAUCUGGGUCACGUCCGCGUUUGCGAGCACAGAUCCACCCCACCAGGCACAAAGGUUUACGAUUGGCGGGGUUAUUCGGUGUGGGAAAUAGACGGCGAAGACUGGAAACUCUAUACGCAGAACCUAUCACUGUUUGCAAAACUCUUCCUGGACCAUAAAUCCGUCUUCUUCGAUGUCACGUCUUUCCUCUAUUAUAUCCUUGUCUUUACCAAUCCGCGAGAUCAAAACGAUUAUUAUGUCCUCGGGUAUUUUUCAAAGGAGAAAAUGUCUUGGGAUUCCAAUAACCUUGCCUGUAUUCUCAUCUUCCCGCCAUACCAACAUAAACAAUUGGGCAAAAUGCUCAUGGGGAUCAGUUACAAGUUGAGUGCCUGGGAGUGGGAAGGGGGUGUCAUUGGCGGUCCAGAACGACCGCUUAGUGAGAUGGGAAGAAGGAGCUAUUUAAGGUUCUGGGAGGAGAGAAUUGCUAGAUUCUUCCUUCUUGGACCCCCUGGAGCUGACCCUUACGGCUGGAGGACCCCAUCCUCAUCGAGGUCGACAGCUGGCGCAAAGGCAGCAAAGAAGAAACCUGUCAGGGAGGAAAUGACAGUUCAGGAAAUUGGUCAGUCGAUCGGGAUGCUGGUUGAAGAUGUCAUUACUGCCUUGAAAGAUAUGGGGAUCGUGGAGCCGGAUAAACCGGCCAAGAAGCGCAAAAGGGCCCUGUCGUCAUCGUCUGGAGUUGUGGAAUGUGAUGUUGAAGCUGCCGUGGUGAGAAAACAGAGUGUUUUGGAGUGGGCUAAGACUCAUAGGGUUAAUCUUAGGGACCCCGUUGUAGAAGAAGGGUUCCUGGGCGAAUGGGCUCCUGAAGAGGAAGUUCAGGAGGCGGAAGAAGGGGAUUAA